UGCAAAAGUGGAAAAUUGGGGGACGAAUAUUAAGAAGAAGAGCCCGAAACGCCUGAAAUUGAUCACUUCCUUUGCUCACAAGUUACAAAGUGUAACAAAAUCCAAACACUCUUUUAACACACUGAUCAUGGGAAAUACACUACAAAAAAACCAAGAACACGAAUUGUCAGUGACAGAAGAACCAGAUGAACCUCAAUCAUUCACCUGCGAAAUUUGUGUCGAGCCUAUGUUGUUACCCAACAAGAAAUUCAAGAACCAAAAUAGUUGUAUUCAUCCAUUCUGUGUCGACUGUAUUGUAAAAUAUAUCUCCGUCAAGCUUGAGGACAACGUCGGGGACAUUCCGUGUCCUUCUCUGGAUUGUAACCAUUUUUUUGACCCAAUCUCUUGUCGGAAUCUCGUCUGUCCACAGCUGUUUGUUAAAUGGUGCGAUGUAUUGUGUGAGUCCGCUGUUUUAGGGUUGGCUCAGAGUUACUGUCCUAAUCGAAAUUGUUCGGCUUUGAUUUUGGAUGAGUGUGGAGGGAAUGCGAAGCGAUCACAGUGUCCAAAUUGCAAAAGGUUUUUUUGCUUUCAGUGCAAGCUUCCAUGGCACGCUGGAUUUCAGUGUGAAGAGAGUCAGGAAUUAAGGGAUAGAAACGACGUCGCUUUUGGUGUGCUUGCGGAACUUAAGAAGUGGAAAAGGUGCCCUCAGUGCCGUCGCUUUGUUGAAAAAACUGAAGGUUGCAAAAUUGUUAAAUGCAGGUGUGGUGCUGGUUUCUGCUACAACUGCGGAAGACGAGUUUAUCAUCACUGGUGUCGUUGUAAUUCUGCUUCCACACGGACCUUCUACUGUUUUGUAGUUAUUGCUAUCAUAUAUUUCUUUAUCAUCUUUUUGAUUCACUAGACUUUGCAUAGACAUUUCGUUCUAUUAGAUUUGUGGUAAAAAGUAGACUCUUUAAACAUUUACUUUGAGGAGCUACAGUUAAGACAUGCAACAACAUUUUGCUAUGUAUCAGUUUAUGCACCUAAGGCAGUGAAAACAACAAAAACAGGAAUUGUAUAGAUGGAAUCCAAGUAUAGUUAAGUUCUCAUAAAUUAGAGCUUACUAAUUGAAAUCGUUUCAAAAGUUA